UGCUUUUAGCAUUGAAUUGAAUCUUCAUCUUCAACCUUGAGAAAUGGCUCGUACCAAGCAAACUGCUCGAAAGUCUACUGGAGGAAAAGCUCCACGUAAACAACUUGCCACCAAAGCUGCAAGAAAGAGCGCUCCUGCUACAGGAGGCGUCAAGAAGCCUCAUCGUUACCGACCAGGUACAGUAGCUCUGCGAGAAAUCCGUCGAUAUCAGAAGUCGACUGAGCUGCUGAUCCGCAAGUUGCCUUUCCAGCGUCUUGUUCGUGAAAUCGCCCAAGAUUUCAAGACCGAUCUUCGAUUCCAGAGCAGUGCAGUAAUGGCGUUGCAAGAAGCGAGCGAAGCUUACUUGGUCGGUCUUUUUGAAGACACGAAUCUUUGCGCCAUCCACGCAAAGCGAGUCACCAUCAUGCCCAAGGAUAUUCAACUUGCACGACGCAUUCGUGGAGAGCGAGCUUAAACUGACCUUCAACCAGCAACCACAAACGGCUCUUUUCAGAGCCACCCAUUUUGUAUACAAAGAGAUGAUUUAAAAAUAUUUUUACAAAAAAGUAUAACAAAAUAAAACAAAAAUGAGUGUUAACAUGGAAACUUUAAAAAUAACUGCAUUGUCAAUUCUGACACGCUAUCCCAAAAAUGCGAUUUUAUUCUUUCAACUGAGAACAAAUUUGGGACCAUAAGUUUAGAAAUAAUUGCACUACUGACAUUUAUGCAGCAUGUGGUAAGUUAUCGCCAAUGGGAGGGAUCACACUAAGAGAUACAACUGUCUCAGCAUGAAAAUGUUACUUUGGUACGAAACGACCACUCUUAUGCACACGCUAUCUAACUGGUACAGCCAAUUUCCACUUGGGCUAGUGUUUCCACGUUGUGAAUCUCCACAGCAAAGCACACCAAAACGGUUCAGGGUACGUGAACGAUGAAGACCUUUUACUUUCACCUCAGAAUUAUUCUAAUAAUAACACCAACAAUUCUAAUAUUAACAACAACGAAAUAAAAAAAUGUGGCAAACA